UCUUCAUUGCUUCGCUCGCCAGCAUCGCUAGCAGUCUACCGGUCUCUCUGCAGCUCACGAUGCCCCGUCAGGACGUGGAGAGCAGGAGACGUCACGAGGAUGCGGUUCUGGGGAAUGCGCUGGCGCUGCCAUCACGUCUGAGAGAAGACGAAGAGGAGGAGUACGACGUGUAUUUCUUCUGGCCGUCCUCGCCAACGUCGUGCGCUGCGCUAUCGGAACGUCUGGCCCAAGGCGAGCUCGCCGAUGCACGCUCACUUCGCCUUCGCACCUGGGCAGCUCCGUCAGAGCCGGCUCUCCAGCCCUCUUCUCCAGCCCUGCGCCACCUAUACGGACGCAAUGAAGACGAAAACGGCGCGUCUGCCCAUCCAUCUGUGUAUCGCCCAUCCGUCGACUCUCAGGACGACAUCCAGCCCUCAUUCGUCACCCCGCCACCGUCACCGACUUAUUCCUUCAUCUCUGACUACGUCUUCCCGGAACGUGAGCAUGAGACCGAGAUGGACGUCGCGGGGUACAGCAGGGUCUUCACGGCUGGCUUGACGUUGAAGCCUUGCAGUCGCGCCAGAUCACUCGUCACAUUGGAGGCCUCUACCGCGACUUGCGGCGCGUUUUUGCCCGGUCGUCUUGGUUGAGUCGAUUUACUUCAACUUAAGUGGCACGACCUCGAACUUCUUGCAUCUUCUCCCACAAAAGCCUUAUGCUUGCGGCUUGCCGAUCUUCACACAUAUUGACGCUUGCGCCCACCGCUCAUUUCUUGCCUUGUAUUGCUCUCCACACAUUUCUGUUCUUGCUGCUCCAGGAUUGCUGUAUCUUCUUGAGUUUUUUCUUGACUGUUUACUUCUUGUCACGCUGUCGUCAACUGCUAUGCAUAAACAAGCACUCUCCA